UGAGUGAAAUUUAAGAGCUAGGCAGUGUUGUUGAAGAUGACGAUGAUUUCAACAACUUCUUGGUGUUCAUGGGAAACAAAACCAAGCAACUCAGAGUCUCAGAGCUGUAAAAAAAAUGUUGAAGAGGAUAAAGAUUUGGGAUUCCAGCAACAACACAAGGCAAAGCAGUUGGAACACUACGCAAGCCUUACUGACGCUGAUAUGCCACCAUAUUCACGAAGCCCUGGCUAUGACGCAUUAGCUCCAUCACAAGUACAUUCUGAUUACAGGCAAAUAAUAUAUACCAUCAGUUUCACAGGUAACAUACAAAGAAAACCAGCUAGGUCAGAGAGGAGACGAGUCCCUCUGGAAGUCAGCAAUCACAGUUUUAUUUACGCCUUGAGAAGGGGAACAGUGUGAUAAAAAUAGUCUGAAGGUUCAUCUGUUCUGCUUUGUAUCCACCUGUAUACCUGAGGAGUAGUCUAAACAUACAAUCAAAAAGUUAGUAGCAGGUUGUCAUCAAUUCAACUGUAAUGUAGGUUAUCCUAGGCAAACAGCCCUGUUUAAACCUUGG